AUGUCUGGAAACUGCUUUUCUAGGAAAUGCCCCUCUGUACCAGCCAUCUCCCUCUGCUCCACAGAGGUGAGCUGCAGAGGGCCUGUUUGCUUGCCCAGUUCCUGCCGGAGCCAGACAUGGCAGCUGGUGACUUGUCAAGAUAGCUGCGGAUCAUCCAGCUGUGGCCUGCAAUACUGUCAGCCCUCCUGUUUCAUGAACAGCUGUGUCCAACCUGUGUGCUACAAGGCUACCAUCUGUGAGCCCUCCUGUCCUGUGAGCAGCUGUGCCCAGCCUGUGUGCCGUGAGGCCACCAGCUGUGAACCUUCUUGCUCCGUGAGCAGCUGUGCCCAGCCUGUGUGCCGUGAGGCUACCAGCUGUGAACCUUCUUGCUCCGUGAGCAGCUGUGCCCAGCCUGUGUGCUGUGAGGCCACCAUUUGUGAGCCCUCCUGUCCCGUAAGUAGCUGUGCCCAGCCUGCGUGCUGUGAGGCCACCGUCUGUGACCCUUCUUGCUCCAUAAGCAGCUGUGCCCAGCCUGUGUGCUGUGAGGCCACCAUUUGUGAGCCCUCUUGCUCUGUGAGUAGCUGUGCCCAGCCUUCGUGCUGUGAGGUCCCUUCCUGCCAAUCAGUCCUCUGUGUACCCACUUCCUGCCAGUCCAUCCUCUGCAAACCUAACUGUUGCCAGCCAGUGGUCUGUGAGCCCAGCUGCUGUCCAGCUGUCUGCACUGUGCCUAGUUCCUGCCAGUCAGGGAUCUGUGAGCCCACUUGCUGUCAGCCGGUGUGCCCCACGCCUGGCUGCUGUCCAUCUGUCUGCUCUGUGGCCAACAGCUGCCAGUCUGUCUGCUGCGACUCCAGUCCUUGUGAGCCAUCUUGUUCAGAGCCCAGCAUCUGCCAGCCAGCAACGUGUGUUUCUCUGGUCUGUGAGCCCACCUGCGUCUGCCCGGUCUGCUGUGUUCCAAGACCUUGUGAGCCACCCUGUGUCUCCAGCACUUGCCAAGAGCCCUCUUGCUGCGUCUCCAGGAUCUGCCAGCCCCUUUGCUCUGAGCCCAGCCCUUGCUCACCAAGUGUCUGUGUGUCCAGACCACGUCAAGCUACCUGCUACGCAGUCAAGCACUGUCGGUCCAUCUCCUCUGAGCCCAUUUCCUGCCCGCAUACAUCCUGCAGACCUCUCUGCUGCCGCCUGGGGUCUUCUGCAUCUGCCGUCUGCCAGCCAACUUGCUCUCGAACUUUCUACAUACCCAGCUCCUGCAAACAACCUUGUAUGACUUCAGUUUCCUACCGCCCAAUUUGCCGCCCAAUCUGCUCUGGACCCAUCACCUACAGGCAACCGUAUGUGACGUCCAUCUCCUACCGCCCCUCCUGCUAUCGCCCAUAUUACUCCAUCCUGCGCCACCCGGCCUGUGUCACUUCUGUCUCUUACCGCCCGGUCUGCUCUCACAUAUUUUGUGCUGAUUCCUGCAAAAGGGAUUGCAAGAAGUCCACUUCCAGCCAACCAGAUUGUGCUGAUUCAACGCCCUGCAAGGCAGAGGUCUCAGAGACCAAUCCCUGCCAGACCACUGAGGCCAAGUCCACUAGACCCACCACCCAUGAGCCCACAGCCAGCCAGCUUGCUGCCACCAAACCUGCCAACUGCUGA